AUGCGAAGCUUUCAAGGACACGUCUGCACCGGCCCAGCGGGGGUGCGUGUGCGUGAGUGUGUCCGCGUGCGUGUUGAGUGUGUGCAGGGGGGUGGGUGCUGCUGCAGGGGGCGACCCGGGGCGUCCCCACCAGCCACGCUCCGGGCCCAGGCCCUGCGGCUCCCACCCCUGCGUUUUCCGGCCCCCGCGGCCCCGGCCCGGGAUCUUCGCCCGCCCCCGCCCCGCCCCCACACUGCGGCGCCGCCACCGCCGCCGCCGCCGCCGCCGCCGCCCCGGCUCCCACGGCCCGCGGCGGGGGCAGGGAGGAGCCAGGCACGACGUCCCCCCCGCGCGCCACCCGACUCUCCGCGGAGAGGUGUGCCCCCCAAGUGGCACUCUCCCCACCCCCGCAGCCCCUCCCAGAUCCGCUGGCACCCCGCUCCCCCAGCCACAGGUGGCCGGAGGAAGAUCGCUGCGCAGCGUUCCCCGGCCCGGCCCCCCGAUCACCCCUCGGCCCGCCCCCGGGGGCCUCCCGGGUCCCCCGCCCCGCCGGGCCGAGGAGGGCCGGGAGCCGGGGGGAGGGGCGGGGGGCCGGGUCGUGCCAGGCUGCCAUUUUCUGCCGCCGCCGCGGAGCCUGCGCGGGGCCCGGCCCCCGCCCCCCUCCCCCGCUCCCUGCGGGCCGCGGCGGGAGCCGAUUAUUCCAGGUCGGGGUCCGCGCCCUCCGGCGCCCCGGCCGCAGGCCCCAGCCCUGGCCCCGCGAGCGCCCGGCGCCGAGUUGCGGGGGUCCGGGAGCGUGCCCCGAGCCGGGCACUGCCCGCCGCCGUGCCCCCCGCCCGGCUCCCCUCCUCCCCGCCCGCCUCCGGGCCGGCCUCCAGGCCGCCAGCAGCGGCGCUCAUUACCGUGUGGCCGGCCUCCGCCCGCUGCUCGCCCCCCGCGGCCGCGCUGGCCCCGGCCCUGGCGCUGCGGAGCCGGCCCGGGAGGCAGCGCCGACUUGGGGGCCCCGGGGCGCCGCGACGGGAGCGGCCUGGGCGCGCGGCCGGUCCUAGCGCCCUCGGCCCGACUUCCCGGCCUCUACGCCCCCGCUGGGGGGGGUCCCCGCACGCUGCGGGUCGGAGGGCCGGACCUCGCUGCACCCCGACCCUGCGCUGGGCCCGGGCACCCCGCCUCGGCAGCUCUCCCGGCCACUCCGCCGGGGGCCUGCGGCAGCCCUACCCCCGCGGGGCGCCCCGCUACCUGGAGCUGCCUCUGCGCUGGGUCCCCGCAUCCAGCACUGGCCGCAGGGACAGCGGCCCCUCCUCUCCCGCGGCCGGUGUCAAGUGCCUCCCCCCGGCAGCCCGCGGAGCCCCCGGCGGUCUUCGCCCUGCAGUUCUCCCGACCUCCACCAGAGCCCACUGCACUCUGCCUGCCUCAGCACUGGGGCUGGGGACAGCAGCGCCGGCCCAUCCGCGCCGCAAGCCCCACGCCACCCGCCACCCCCGCCAGGUGCCGCCGCCGAGUGGAGGCCGGCCCACUCAACAGGACCAAGGUCGGGGCGCCAGGCCUAUCCAGGCUGUCUGGGAGGCUCCAGCACCUCUAUAG